AGAUAUAAAUAAAAAAGUUAACGUGUUUCUGCUACCGAAAUUAUAGUAGCGUACAAAAACUGAAAAGUAACGAUUGCAGUUACAACUCAACGUAAUUUGUUAAAUUCACAAUGUUGUGCGUUUCAAAUUUUGGUCGCUACUAAACAGAUCAACCACUAAAUGUACUCGUACUCGUCGGCAUACCAUCACUGACAGAUGUUUAACGAGCAACCUGCCGUAUGUUUUUGACUUUUCCUGUCAGUUGAUUGAAGUAACGCGAUAAUAACACACCACUAAAUUCUAGUAGUGCAUUGCUUGUGAGGACAUUUCUUUUUGUUGUAAAGCAAUUUGUAUUGAGACAUAAUAUUUAAACGGCGUAAGACUAACACAAAAAAAAAAUUACUAAUUGGUUAAAAUACUUGCGUUGUGUAGAGUAAAUGUUACUAAAUCAAAGUUGUACAAGUGUUUACCAAUAAUAACAAUAACAAGCCAAACUAAUUUGUUGUACGCGCAACACAGCGCUAUUAGCCAGUACAUACUUAUAGGAAGCAGGUACCGACACACUCGUUCGCUUGUUAUGGCGUCCAGUGGCAAAUAAUGGCAGCGAAUUAUUAAAAAAUGUGAUAUUAAUGUGCAAGAAAUUGGCAAAAAAAGAAAGGAUUGGGCUAAGUGCUUGUGAAAAUUUAAAAAAAUCGUGUAUAUGAAAAAUUAUUGCGACUUGUGUGUUGAGUUAUUAAUUUUUCGCUUUGCUUUGUGUAAGUGAAUUGUGAAGGAAUUUGGCGUCGCUGCCGAUUGUGCGGAUUCUUGUGGUAAAGCAGGCUUAGCAGGCAACAGAUAUUUGGAAAACACCAACACUGACCGCUGACCAAUUGCAAGUGUAAAUUCCAGCGACGAUUCGACUACAAUAACGAAAAGCGAAUGCGCAAAAUAAAUGUGAAUUUCUGCCGUAAAAUCAACUGAAUAUUAUAAAUUCACGAAGGAGGCGGAAUUUUCCACUUUAAAGGACGGCAAAAUGCCACGCAAUGGCUGUGAGGCCAAUGGAGGCGUUGCCAACGAAGGUUGCGCUUAUCCCGAUGAGCUGAUCAUGGAGCAGGGUGUCUCCUUCAAUGUGCGGUACACCGGCUGCGUGGAGGUGAAAACUUCAAUGAAAUUGCUGAACUUCGAAACGAGAACCAAAGUUGCGCGAGAAUGCAUCAAUCGUGUCUGUGCAGCGGCUGGCCUCAAAUCGGCCGGCAAGCGGCGUGUGGACAAGAAGAUACUGCACUACAUCUCGGAUCGGCCGCACAUGCAGAAUGCCGGCACAAACGUCAUCAUCAACGUGUCAAGUCGUGCGCUGGAUUUGGUGAACGCCGAGACGGGCCAACGCAUAGCCAGUCACAAUAUGCCACACAUAUCCUUUGCAUCCGGCGGCGAUUCGGACACUUUGGACUUUCUGGCGUACAUCGCCAAGAAUGAGGACGAGUGGCGCGCCUGCUACGUGCUCGAGUGCAUCGGCGGACAGAGCGAAGACUUAAUAUUGACAAUCGGCAAAGCGUUCAUGUUGCGCUUUAAUGCAAUCAAGCACUUGAAAAGCCAAGCUGUUUUGAACCUCAACACGCCGGCGGAGAAUAUCAAGGACUACUACAAUGACUUGCCGGACAAAUUACCGCCGGACUUGCUGAGCGAGAACGAUCUGCCGCCGGAAUUACAAAAGCAAUUGCUGCUGCAACAUCAACAGCAGCAGCAACAACAGCAACUACAACAGCAGCAGCAACAACAAACACAAUUACCUCAACACCAAGUGGGCCAGCUGAAUUUGAAGAAACCACGCGAUCGUCUCAGCAGCAAUCUCAUCGACCUAAAUAGUCCACCGCCGGAUCAGACCACGACCAAAAUGAAUCUCAGCAACUUCGACCCAAUGGCCGAUACAGAGGGCGCUUGUGCGCAACCGCAAGCACCCGUGCGUGACGUCUUCGAUAUGCAACCCUUUUCGCUGUCCGCCGAAGUGCAGCGCUCACAACUCAACACCGAACUGUGGUUCCAUGCGGGCAUCAGUCGUCAAAUUGCUGAGGGUAUGCUCGAAAACGAUGGUGAUUUUCUCGUACGCGAGUCACAGGGUAAACAUGGUCAAUACGUGCUUACCGGUUUGGAGGUGAAAACACCCAAACAUCUGUUGCUAAUCGACCCGGAAGGCGUGGUGCGCACAAAGGAUCGCAUUUUCGACAGUAUUAGCCAUUUGAUAAACUAUCAUUGGGCUAAUGCUUUGCCGAUCAUUUCCGAAGAUUCCGAAUUGGUAUUACGCAAUCCCGUGUUACGGCAAACGGCCGUGCAGCAACAACAAGCACAAACAGCAAUUGCAGCGCAUCAUCAUCAUCACACACAGCAACAACAACAACAGCCACAUGCACACCAUGCGCGUUCAGUUGUGAAUUCUUGAUGAACCCCCACGUGAGCCUGUAGAAAAUGUUGAGAUUCUUAUUGAUUAAGUACGAGUACAUACAUAGUAGUUAGUAAGUAGUUAGUUUUAAGUUGCACGCAACGUGGACAAAACGUGAAAAAGUGUCUGUAUCAGAAUGUAUUUUGCAUGUGUAGUGUUAUGCGCAUAGUUUUCGUAAAUUUUGAAAAUAUUUUUUUUAUGUUUUUACUAAAUGCUUUCAGUUGUAUUUUUGGUUGUUAUUUUUAUCAUUUUACUUUUCAUAUAUUAAACGCACAUUUGUUGGUAUUUUAUUAUAAAAAAAAUAAAUUCUAUUUUUUCUUUCAAUUUAUUUAUUUUUAUUUAUAUAAACUUUUCAUUGACUCGCUUAAGCCAUGGUCGUUGCUAUAUGUGACCUGGUCUACGAAAAGGGAGCUAACGUGCGAAAACUAGUUUUCUGGGAAACAGCUGUUAAAAAUAAACAACAUAAACUCGUUAUCUCAUUUUUUAUGUCAUUUUUUGACACCUAAGCCCCCUUUCCGUAGACCAGGUCACAUAUAUAGUUUUUGGGAUAUCGAUCUGAAAUUUUGCACACGUUCUUUUCUCUCUAAUAAGCUGCUCAUUUGCUGGAAUUGUCGAUAUCGGAUCACUAUAGCAUAUAGCUGUCAUACAAACUGAACGAUCCGAAUGAAGUUCUUGUAUGGAAAACUUUUUUAUUUUACAAGUUAUCUGCACGAAAUUUGUCAUAAAUUGUUUUCUAAGGCAGCGCUACCAUCUCCGCGCAAAUUUUUCAAAUCGCACCAUUAUAGCAUAUAGCUGUCAUAUAAACUGACCGACCCAAAUAAAGUUUUUGUAUAGAAAACUUUUUUAUUUGGCAAGAUAUCUUCACGUAAUUUGGUAUAGAUUAUUUUUUAAAACAAGGCUACAAUCUCCGAACAAAUUGUUCAGAUCGGCUCACUAUAGCAUGUAGAUGUCAUACAAAAUCAGAAAAAAAUAAUUUAUGUACUCUUUAUCUGUGAGGAAAGCACAUGUGAAGGGUACUAAACCUUCGUUGCAGCCGAAGUUAAAUUAUUUUUCGUUUUUUUUAUAUGUUUCUAAACAUAUUUUUUUUUAUAUCUUUUUUAACAUUUUUAUUUUUUUUUUCUAAAUUUUUUUUAUUUUUUGUUUUUUUUUUUAAUAUAUUCUUUUAUUAUAUUUUUUGAUUUGCUUUGACUAGCAUUAUUUUUUGAUUAGCUAUGCUGUAUGUAUGUACAUAUUUUUUUCUUCUAAAAACUGUAUGUGUUUGUCAUUUAUUUUUGAAACGUAUACAUAUCUACAUAUGUAUGUAAAUAUUUUGUACACCAUAUUUGCUAGCUUUUUCGAUUAAUACAUACAUAUCCCGCUUCAAAGCUCAAACAAACCGGAACUGACACAAUCUUGAGCAUAAAAAUAUAUACUUAGUUAUAUACAUAUAUAAGUACAUACAUGUAUGUAUUUAUAUAUAGUAUUUUUUAAGCUUAGCUGUACGUAGACUAACAUGUGAGUAUUAAUACAAACAUAUUUACAUAAAACUUUAUAUUCAAACAUAAUGCAAAGCACAUUUUCCUUUUUAUCAAAAUGCAUUGCGAAGGCUACAGGAAUUCAUAGUUUAUAACUUCUAUACAUAGAGACCAUAGUAUAUCACUACAACAGUCUUAAUAACAAUUUUAUACAAAAUAAAUAUAUACAUAUUUAUAGGAGUAUGGUCAUAUAUGUAUGUACAUACAAGUAUGUAUGUAAGUAUGUAUAUUUAUGAAGCAUAGCAUAUUAAAGGAAAUUUAAGGUUAUGCCCAUAUCAAAUGCUUAAGAUAAAAUAAUUACAUAUAUAUAAAAAUAUUUAUAAUUAUAAAUAUAUGUAUAUAAAUACGGAUUUGCACACAUUUAAUAAUAAAAUUGUACAUACUAUUUUGGAAUAAGAAAAUUAAAGCAAAAAAAAUAACAAUAAUUCUGCUGAAAAGCAUAGUCAUAUACAAAUUGUAGGUUAUAUACAAACAUAUAAACAUUUGAGACGGCAUAUUACCCAAAAAAAAUAAAAGUAAAUAAAAUUUCAAUUAUUUCAAAAAGCUCAUUAGAGUUGCUCGAUUUUUUUUUUUUUUUUUUUUAUAAAAUCGCGUAUGUGGAAAAAGGCUUAUUCUGACCAAUUUUGCCUAAGAGCCCGCUCUAAUGUACAUAACAUAUGCAUAUGUGUAUAGUAUAUCUGCCAAUUAGAUUAUUUUUUUUAAAUCAUUGAUGACAAUUAUCUAUCAAACUCGCGCAUUACAUUUUUUUUAAAUAAUUUUGAAAUUUUUUAAAAGCAUUUUUUUUUUUUUUAAAUUAUGUAUGCAUACAUAUAUUAAAAAAUCAAGUUUUCAAAGCAAUUCCGAGCAUUAUACCAUACAUAAUUCAUUUGUCAAUUGAAUAGUUGCGUCAUCUUCUUAUACAUAUGCGUUUUUUGUGGUUAUAUAACAAUCUCUCCAAAUUGCCUUUUUUACCCGCUAAAUAUGUUGAUACCUCAAAAAUGAAUAGUUUUAUGAAUCUACUUUAAAUACGGUUUUCUCAAAGUCUGAUUAGCAGCCUUCUAUCAGUUAGGUUCUGGUUAAAAAAAAAAUUCCUUGCCCAAAGCAGGAGUCUUGAUUGAGUUAACCAGAACUUAACUGUUAGCUGGCUGGUAAUCAGACAUUGAGAAAACGGCCCUAAGAAACUAAAUUAAGCACAUAUUAUGCAACUAUAUACACAUAUACACACAUUUAAUAAGCUUUGUAGUUGUAUACAUAUGUACAUAAGUAUGUAUGUACAUAUUAUUAUAAUUAUAUAUAUUAUAUAUUAUAAUUAAAAUACUAUACAUUAUAUAUAACACAUAUAAGUAUGCCAGUAAAUACAGAAAUGCAUACAUAUGUAUGUACAUAAAAAUGUUUGUAGAUUAAGAGGAAAGUAGAAAAUAAAGAAAUAUUUUCAAUUAAAGAAUUAACCUCAAAAAAUCGUACACGA